AUGUCACAAAGCAUAGGCUCACAGUGUAACGAACUCAAAAAAGAAUACGAUGCAUGUUUUAAUAAGUGGUACUCUGAAAAAUUUCUCAAAGGAGAUAUACGACCAGAAUGCGAAGAAUUGUUCAAAAAAUAUAAGGAUUGUGUUAUGGUUGCUGUAAAACAAAAGCAAAUUGACAAAUUAUUGGUCGAAGCACGUAAGGAUGAUCCAUUCACAUCUUCCUCCUCAGAAAAUAAAGGAAAAAGUUAA